AUGGUCCCAUCUUCAGCCCCAGAAGCUCCUGUAAAGGUUCAGAAUGUCUCCACCCACACCAUCUCCAAUCCCUCACUGAAAGCCUCUGGAGCCUCAGCGCAGGUCGCCUCAGGCCUGCUCAGCCUCAGCACAAUCCCCUUGAGCUUGUCCCUGGACUCUGUGGACGACAUGUAUUACGGCUGCGCCCAGAAGAUGCUCAUCAAGGUGAAACGCCACUACCUGCCAAGGAGCACCGGACAAGGUCUACACACUGCAUACACAAAACAUUGUGCUCUGAGAGCCAUGAGUACCAAGGACAUCUACGACCAUGUGUCCUGGAAUCACUUCAGGGCUCUGUGUGCCUACACAGCAGGUUCCUAUGCCGACUUGAAUAGAGCAGUCCGCACGGGAAAGGCUUCCUACAAGAAGUCGUUCCAAUUCCAUGCUCUUCACUUCCUAUUGUCGGACGCCAUCCGGCUCCUGAAGCUCAACCAAAGGAGCUGCUACACCACCUACCGCAGGAGCAAACGGCUCUACAGCGGGGAAGCUGGACAAACCAUGCGCUUCGGCUCCUUUGCCUCCAGCUCCCUCAGCAAGAACCUGCGCCAGUUUGGACAAAGGACCUGCUUUGAGAUAAAGACGUGUUUCGGCGCCUACCUCAAGUCCUAUUCAGAGUUUGACUCGGACGAGGAUGAAGUACUGAUUCCUCCGUAUGAAAUGUUCAAUAUAGUCGCUGUGGACAUGUCGGGAGAGAAUGACUUACAGUGUGAUGUUUACUUCAAGCUUGAGACGGCAGGAGUUUACAGCAGCCUCAACUGUCAGGCUCUGGACCUUUGA